GACGCACUUCCUGUUUGUUGUUGGAGAAAGGAGAGAAAGGAAAGCGCGAGGAUCGUCGCCGCCGCCACCGCCGCCGCCAGCGCCGCCGUGCCGGAGCCGAGGAGACCCGGCCGCCGCCCCGCCGCGCCUUCCGCCGCCGGCUCCAGCGUCCUCGGACUGGUUCCAACAGCCUGUUAAAACAUGGUGGAUUACUAUGAAGUUCUAGGCGUGCAGAGACAUGCCUCAGCCGAGGAUAUUAAAAAGGCGUAUCGGAAACUGGCACUGAAGUGGCAUCCAGAUAAAAAUCCGGAGAAUAAAGAAGAAGCAGAGAGAAAAUUCAAGCAGGUUGCUGAGGCGUAUGAGGUGUUAUCAGACGCGAAAAAACGGGACAUCUAUGACAAAUACGGCAAAGAAGGAUUGAACGGUGGCAGUGGAGGUGGAAGUCAUUUCGACAGUCCGUUUGAGUUCGGCUUCACAUUCCGAAAUCCAGAUGACGUCUUCAGGGAAUUUUUUGGUGGAAGGGAUCCAUUUUCUUUCGACCUCUUCGGUAAGUUGUGUGGGUCGAGGUUGCUGAGGUGUGUCUGCGGCUCACGAGUACCCUUUGGGCUGAUCGCUGUCCUUGAACGUGCUGUCUGGGCAGUGCAGUCUCUUCUCCCUCUGGAAGAUUUUCCUGAAUUUACACCUUGCACACCAAGACCACCAGAGCUUGACCUCGUUCAUUUCCUCGGUUGCGUUUGGCUCUAAUUAACCUCCUCUUGUUGCCUCGUUUAGCCGUGGGAAGGAUGUGGACACUGGGGGCUCGGAAGUGCCGUUUCUGAUGGACAGUGAACUCUCUGUGCGUUUGCUGCAUAUAGUCUGGUUAAACACUGGGCCUCCGGAGACAGUUGGUGUGCACACUUGCUGGAUUUCCCGACUGUGGACACGGCUGGAGCAGGGCGUCUCGGCGGUGGUGUUUGGGGAAGCGCUGUGCUGAAGGAGAGCGGCUGUGUCACGUAGGGAGGGUUUCCCACCAGCUGCGCCUCGCGCUCCGGACUCGGCCUGUGUCGGACUCCGGACUCCUGCCUCCUGCGGGCAGUUGGUUGCUGGGUGACCUGGGAGGGCCGGGUUCGCUGUGAGCUCUCUGUCUACCUGAGGGGAGAUGCGUUCUGGUCUGCCCCCUUCAGUGCCCACAGCUGGUUGAAAAGACUGAGCUCCACCUGCAGCCUCAGGCAGGGAGCUGUCUGCACACAGCACCAGCCGCUGCGGCGCGGGGAGGACCAAGGCGCCUCGGUGCCUGGCGGGUGCCGGGCCUCGCAGGAGCCGCAGUCCUCCAGUUUACAUCAGGCGCGGCUCGGACUUUCCUAACUUUUUAGCGUGGUGUGGCCUGACUUUUUAAGGAAGCAGCCUGCGGGGAGGGCUGUGUGUGUAAACGAGUGUAUGUGAGCCGAUUCAGGGACAAAUGGAACAGCAUGAGCUAAGCCAGGGGAGCGGUCCUGUGGGGCGAGGCGGGGGACUGUGUAACCUUUUUGAGGACUUUCCUUGCAUUCGUAACUGCUGCCGUUAAACACAAACAUAGGAUGUGAAGUAGAAUCAUGCGUCCUUUAUUAAUUGUCCUUCAUGUAUUUAGGAAAUCGUAGCGUAAGAAAAACACGGACUUUUAAAGAUCUUUCCAGUCUUGGAAUGAGCUUUGUGGCUCAUCACAGCCUCGAAGCAAGCUCCAGAUGUGUUGUUUCAGGGGAGCAGGGCAGUGUUGGGCGAGGUUGGCCCAGCCUCUGCCGUGGGGUGGCGGGUCCUUAAGGGCUGGGGGUGGGAAGGAGGCCAGGGCAGGCUGCCCUCCCCGAGCCCGUGCCUGGCAACGUACACAGAAAGAGCCCAUUUGUGCUUGAAUGGCGGCCAAGAUGUGUUUCCCUUGGGCCAAGCUUUCCUGUUAAAAAUGAUUGUCCUUGCGCAGCUCUUUCUAGAAUUGGAUGUAGUUUGUACAUGAGAGCGUCCCGCCUCGUGCUGCUCACCUCAUCCGAGCAGAUAUUUCUGUGUAUUCGGGAGAGGCGGGCAGCAGGCGUCUUGCUCUUGGGCUCAGAGCCCAGUCCCUGUAGCUCUGGAAGCCAGUACUAGACGCUCCUGUUGGAGCAGUGGGCACCUCCUGGUUUCUCGGGACUGGCGUGGAGUGAUACUUGUCCCAUCCGUUCUCGUAGGCGUUGUAGGCGACUUCCAUUUUCAGGCCCUCAGGAUUUACAGUCAGGAAAAGGCCUUGCUCCACGGCUACUACAUGUAUGAAGUAACGGCGCAGCCUGCUGGCGGCUUCGAGGAGGCGGCCAGCGAGGAGUUGGAGCCUGAGGAGGAGGCGGUGGAGGACAGCCAGAGCGACGAGGACAGUGAGGCUCUGGACGUGAUCUCCAGCGAGGAGCUUGAGCUCCUCAGUGACACUGAGCCCAGCGAGGGCUGCAGCGGGGGCGGGGGCGGGUCCCCGAGCGAGGACUUGGAGUUUGUCUCCAGUGAGGACGAGGCCCAGGCCAGUCCUGGGGACCCGGAGGAGCUCAUCGAGGAGCUGCUGGGCGAGGAGCUGCCGGGCGAGGAUGGUGGGCCUGAGCUCCUGGCUCUGCUCGCGCCCCUGCCGCCUCUCCCGCGAGGCACCGGCCUCCACCACCGAAAGUACCCAUUUGAGGACUUCUUUGGGAAUCGAAGGACCCCCCGUGGAAGCCGGAGCCGGGGCACGGGAUCCUUUUUCUCUGCUUUCAGCGGAUUUCCCCCCUUUGGAGGGGGCUUUUCCUCUUUUGAUACAGGAUUCACUUCCUUUGGUUCCCUAGGUCACGGGGGCCUCACUUCCUUCUCUUCCACGGCGUUUGGUGGCAGUGGGAUGGGCAACUACAAAUCGAUAUCCACUUCGACUAAAAUGGUCAACGGCAGGAAAAUCACCACGAAGAGGAUUGUGGAGAAUGGACAGGAGAGGGUGGAAGUUGAAGAAGACGGCCAGUUGAAGUCCUUGACGAUAAAUGGUGUGGCCGACGAGGACGCCUUCGAGGAAGAGUGCCGGCGACGGGGCCAGACUGCGCUGCCCGCCAGCACCAGCGCCCGCUUGCUGAGGCCGCAGAAGCCAGCUUCCCUGCCCAAGCACGCGUCCCACUACACGUGUGAGGACGAGGACGAGCCCAGCAGGCCCCGCGCCACCAGCACCUGGGAGCCCCCCUCCGUGUUCUCCGCAGGUGUGCACAGGGAGACCACCGCCCAGCCCUCCCCCGGCCAGGCCGCCCGGCGCUCCCCACGCCAGGCCGCCCAGCCCUCCUGCCGCCAGGCCGCACAGCCCUCCCGCCACCAGGCCACCGAGCCUCCUCCCCGCCAGGCCGCCCAGCCCUCCCGCCACCAGGCCACUGAGCCUCCUUCCCGCCAGGCUGCCCAGCCUCCCCGGGGCCAGAGGUCGCUCCUGUGCUGCUGUGUCCUGACCUGAUGGGGAGGCCGGGCAGAACCCACCAUUAAAGCGGGUGCCCAGUCUCCCACGAUGGCAUGUGGUGUGUUGUCUGGGGCAGGAGGUGACAGGUGUGGGGGUCCCGUCCCUGGCAGAUGCACACCCUGCCACCUCAGUGUGCUCACGCCUGCCCAGGGUGCCGCUGUGCCGGGUGCCAACCCAGCCUCCCGCAGGUGCGCACCCAGCUGCCCAGGCCCAGCUCCGCCCUUGCCAGCCUCGUGACCGGCGAUCCCUUAGAGCCUAGACAGGUCUUUGGGGUGCGUCCUGCAUGGAGCACUCUGGCUCUGACAGGGGUGGCUGAGUCUUGAGGCCACAUCAUGUCGAUGUCGGCGGAGCCCUCUGUCCGAUCCCAGCACUGCAGUGGCCCUGCGGCUUACGUGGUUAGAUGCUGACCCUGGUUCCCGCAUCAGUGACGUAUCUGCGUGUGCGGGGAGACUGCUUCCGUGGCCCUGGGACAGAGCGGCGUGGUCUGAGUGGGAGCUGCCAGGUGGGGCCUGUCCUCCGUCUCUGGCACUGCCCUGGCAAGCCCCCCGGCCUUUCCGCGUGGAGCAGAGAGAGGCCUGCAUUCGUCUUGGGGAGGGCGGGGGUCUGGGCCUCGAGCUGCGGGCAGAGUCCAGUGGGGCUGCGUAGAGCUGGCCGCUGGCCCGGGAGCGCUGUCGGCAGAGGCAGGUGGGCUUUUCCGGGGUGACUGAGCGGGAAGGAGGCGCUGGGAGGGGCUGUGUAGCUUCAGAAAAAAAAGAUCUCCGCAUCUGGGCAUGCAGACGUUUGCCCUGGGUGGACCGUCUUGGCGUGGACUUGGCAAGGGGCAGGGGCGAAGGUCUAGUGUCCUCGAACAGGUAUGGUUUGCACAGGGAUUGAGCGGGCUGUGUCCUUUGGUUGGAAGGUACACGGUUCCCAGGGGUAAGGCUGUGGGCCCAGCCUGCCCGGAGGCAUCUUGGUCCCACAGGAGGUGGACCUGGGCUUGCUCUGGGGCCGCAGUGAGGCCCUUGCUUCUCCGCCCAGAGGUCAGGCCCGGGGAGGGAGGGAGAACGGCCCCUGCCAAGGAGCCAGGGGACGUGGGAAUUGGGGAAUAGACAGAAGUGAUGCUCUGAAGUCCUGUGCUUCUUUUGGCUCUUCUGUCGGGUCCCUCCCACCCCAGCCUGAACCCUCAACAGCACGAGGGGCCGGCUUGCGUUUUGCUGGGUCUUUCGCCCUGCUGGUCCCGUGGGGCCGGGGCACGCCCAGCGGGUUCUGCGUGCGGUCACGUCGCCCCAUGUUUGUUCUUUCUUUCCCAUCAUUUCGAGGCCUUCAAAAGAGCAUCCGCAAAAAAAAAAAAAAAAAAAAAAAAAAAAAA